AUGCAUCGCAGUCAUUCUCUCUAUAUAUCUCUCCCUCUAUCUCUCCCCCCCCUCUCUCUCUCUUUCUCUUUCUUCAUGGGUUGCAAUUUCUUUUCUUUGAAAAAUACUCCCUUCUCUUUGAAACUGGGUGAGAUGUCUGACAAUUUCUUCACACUCUCUAUUUAUUCAUAUCUUCUCCUUUUCUCUCUCUCUCUCUCUCUCUCUCUCUCUCUCUCUCUCUCUCUCUGUGUAUCCCCCUCCUCUUCUUUCCCCUCCCAAUGUGAGCCACCAACUCGUGCCCCCAACUCUUACACCGCCAUCCCACAACAUUUAUCGCUCCCCCGCCUUCCCUUCUCUCUCUCUCUCUCUCUACUUCUACUCUUUCCUCUUUUUUUAAAACGUCUUUCUCCCUUAUUGACUCGCCCUACUUUCCUCCCUCUAGUUUUCUUUCCCUUCAUCAUAGUUCUCUCAUCUCUCUCUCUAAAAGGCGUAGUCUAUCUAUUCCCUUCCCUUCUCUCUAAAAGUUAUAUCCUUCUUACGUGCCCUUCACCAACAACCAACACCUUCUGUCUAUUUUCAUACUCCCACCGCCACUCUCUCUUGCUUGGUAACAGACAAUGCCAGGCGAACCUGGCUGGUCCUGUAUCCGUAUCUAGUCAGAUCCCAGGGGUAAGUGGUAGUAAUCUACUGUUGUCUCCACCGACAAAACUCCUUCCCAGCCCUUCGGCUGCCGGUAGCAGUAGUCGGAAGAGCAUCACUCCGAACAGUCACAACACUACCUUCGGGGCGGGUACCGGGAGUACCCCAAAUAGUCGAGCAGGGUCAGUUUCUCCGACAAGUACGACGGCCGGUGGUGUUGCUAACACCGCCGGACCGACAUCUCCAAAAGACAAGUCCACAACGGCGUGCCCGUCGUCUUCAUCUUCCUCUGCUGCGGUUGUGUCAUCGAGGGGCCGACCUUCGUCGGGUCCCUCAUCCGGCCACGACGACGACGAAGAGGUGCUUGUGUAUGACCCACACCUUAGCAGCAGUGGAAGUAGUGGCACUAGGCGGGGUGCUAUGAGUAGUUCUACUACUUCUACGACUGGUGUCGUCGUUAACCCUGUCACCAGCAAGUUACCCUCGGAGAAGGGCCUGGAAUUCGACCCAUUUCGAUCGCCACCCCCGUAUCCGAUACAACAGAUGCCUGUGUUCACCCCGUACGACUCAUACGCCGAACGAUCCGAAACCCUCUUGGAAAAUGAGAGGAUUGCAUGCUUUAUUAUCGGCGGCGAGAAGCGAUUGUGUCUACCCCAGAUACUCAAUUCGGUCCUUAGACACUUCAACCUCACCCAGAUCAAUUCUGUGUGUGAUGAACUGCAUAUCUUUUGUGCCCGGUGCAGCCCUGAACAAUUGGAGGUUUUUGUCGCGGCUGGGAUCUUACCUUGUAGGACUGCUAGUUGCGGACUUAUCACAAAAACAGAUGCUGAAAGGCUUUGUCAUGCUCUACUUUACAAACGGUCAGGCAACAAACCGGUCGAUCCUCCCUCACACACCAGCUUCAAGGUUUAUCAUGAAUGUUUUGGCAAAUCGAAAGGAAUUUUCCAACCAGACUUGUACAAGACACCGGAGUCAGAGUGCAUUUACUGCACUGAAUGCCACUCUUUAUUUAAUCCUCCCCAGUUUGUGUGCCACUCACACACUGGCAUGGAGAAUCGCAUAUGCCACUGGGGUUUUGACUCCGCUCACUGGAGGAACUACUUGAUGCUCGCGAAAGACCAGGAGAAUCUGGAAAAGUGUCAGGAAAUGAUUGAACAGAUGAAGAAUAAAUUCGAUGGAUGUAAAUCAAAAAGAAAAUCGGGCGCCCCCUCCCGAUUCACUGGUGGCGCUUUUGACGUAUUCUACCAUAUGUGGAAAGAAUCACUUACUUCUAACAAGACCAAUGUUGGUACCAUUUUUCUAUGUCUCUUUACAAGCUGUUGCUGUGUCAGUCUUUUCUCUUCUUUUUUUUUCUUUCUUUCCUUUUUAUUGAUUGUCUGA